CAUACAUAUUACAUAUGUACUCUGCAAUUACUGUAAACAUAACCUUAGUUAGUACAUGUGCUACAAAGAUGCGAGGACGGUUACAAUCAUAUCUAUUGCAAUCAAGAAAAUUGCUUUUCGACUAUUGUAAACCUCGUGUAAAUAAUGUGAUUACAUAUUCCCAGUUGAAACAAGUACGACAAUUUUCAAUAAAAGAUGAUACAGAAUUUAACGGCACAGAUAACUUGAAGAAUAGUUCACGUAACCUACCAGGUUCCUUAAGUAACGCUUAUAAAGUUUUCGAUGACAAAGAUGCAGAAAUUAUACUGGAUGAAGAAGUUGAAAAAGAAACUAUCCAAUUGGAAGAUUUACAAUCUAAAGAGGAAUAUUAUGAUCCUUAUGAAGGAAUCAAUCUGGAACGUGGAGUUACUGGAGUAUAUGAAAUAGAAGAUUUAGUAUCAUUGUUGCAUAGAGAAAAUGCUAAGAAUAUCUUCGUGGCAUCGGUUCCUCCUGAAUUCUCGUAUGUUGAUUACAUAGUCAUAGUUACAGGUAUAUCGCAAAAACAUUCAACAGCCUUGGCUACUUUUGUACGUAAAGUAUAUAAAUUAAAAAAGUGUCAGACAGAUUUUAUGCCGAAGAUUGAAGGAGAAAAGUCAAAAGAUUGGGUAGCUCUGGAUUUAGGUAAUAUUGCUUUACACAUUUUUUCAAAGUCUGCAAGAAUAUUGUACGACUUGGAAACAUUAUGGACUGUUGGUCCUGAAUAUGAUAGUAACAAUAAAAAUGAUACAGAUGCAGAUAUUAUGGAGCAAUUUAAUCAAUUUUUGUCUGACAUGGAUCCUAUCGAUGAAAAUGAUACCAAAAAAAAAUAAGAAGAAAUAAAACUAUGUUAAGAGUUUUACAUUGUCAUUUUAAAUACAUAAAUAUAUAGCUGUCAUUUUAAAUAUA